AUGCAGCGCAACACAUUUGCACCCCCUCCGGCCCAGUCGCCUCCCCUCCAUCAUCCUAUCCCGCAACAUGUCUCUACAGUACCGAUGAUGCGGUCACCGCCGCCGCCAGUCUCCCAACAGCCCCAGCCCCAGCACCAGCAGCAUGGAUAUAACAAUCCUUAUCAGCCAAAUCCGGCCCAGGGAGGAGGCCAGUUUGGCCCUGGCUUUGGCGGCUUCAUGUCAGAUCCGACGGCCCAAAUGGGGUUUCAGGUUGGAAAGAGUGCCGUCAUGGCCGGGCAGGAGUAUAUGGAGCAAAACUUGAACCGUUAUGUGUCGAUUCCCGCGCUGAAGCACUACUUUAAUGUCUCCAAUUCAUACGUCAUUAAGAAGCUUGCUCUCGUCCUAUUUCCCUGGAGACAUAAGCCAUGGUCCCGCCAGCAGGGACGGAUGGCUGGCGCAGCCUCCGCAAACGGCCAGAUAAGCCAGGCCCAGUACACUUCCAUGUACCUCCCGCCACGAGACGACGUCAAUUCACCAGAUAUGUACAUUCCCGCCAUGGCUCUAGUCACCUACAUCCUGCUCUCAGCGGUCAUGGCAGGUCUACGAGGGAAUUUCCAUCCAGAGAUACUACGCUCCAUAACGUUCAUUGCUCUCGCAGUGGUAGUAUUUGAGAUUGUUUGCCUCAAGGUUGCCAUGUACAUUCUCAAUAUCAACAAUGACUCCCAGCUUCUUGACCUGGUGGCUUACUCAGGAUACAAGUUUGUUGGUAUCAUUCUUACCUUGGGGGUGUCCGAGAUUCUUACGCCGGGCCAAGGCACGGGAGGCUGGGUUGGUUGGACUGUGUUCAUCUAUACCUUCCUCGCUAACGCCUUUUUCUUGCUACGUUCACUCAAGUAUGUCCUUCUACCGGACAGCUCAUCCGACGCAGCCAUGCGAGGCGGAGCCAUGCCGACCGUUGCCCGCUCCCAGCGCAACAGGCGCACCCAAUUCCUCUUCAUCUACUCGUACAUGAUCCAGUUCGUCUUCAUGUGGAUUCUUAGCAGACAGGGUCCUAUCCCAUCGGCUGCCACCACUCCCAAAGUGCCUACUCCUGGCACCCUCUCAUGA